UUAAAGGGGAGGAGUUUUCCUGAGAGUCUGACAGCAGACUCGUUAGGAUGGCGGUGGAGCGGCAGUCUCUGUCCGUGUACAAGUUAUAGAUGAAACUUGGACCUGUGGCGAGUAAAAGUGACUCCGAAUCGAUCACCAGCUUCCUUGUCAAAGUCAUGCGCCUGUUGAUCCGUCUCUUAGCUGCGCUGAUUCUAUGCGGGAAUAAUGGGAAAGCUUCAGGAGAGUUCACUCCGACCGGACAGCCUCUGCAUAUCAAUGACGGCAACUUUUCAAACCGGGAUCACAUGAGACAAGAGCCCUUUCAGCACCACCAACAAGUGCUCGAUGCUGUGUCAGACUCUGCUUUUAACCUCAAGGUCCAGGUGAACAAUGUGCUGAGUCGCCAGUACCUGAGCCAGGCGGUGGUGGAGGUCUACAUCAACUACACCAGGAUCAGCACAGCUCUCACUGUAGAGGAUGGCAGUGUUUUGCUUCAUGUACCUUACCAAACAGGGAUGCCAAUCGCAAUUGUGGCCAGCAAGGAUGGCUACAUUUGCACACUGCUGCCUUUUAAAACCAACAGAAUGCCAAUAUUUUCAUCGGUGACCAUGUCACUACUCGCUGUGAAUCAGGGGAACAUCUGGCUCUUUGAUGACUCCGUCCUGAUCACUGGCAAAACAUCUGAUGCUUUGUCUCAGCCGGUUGUCCAGUUUCCCAAGAGCCUGCUGAAUCUGACUGACAGCAGUAAUGUCACCUCCGUUAAAGCCUACCUGACCAUUCCUAAGCUGCAGUCAGAGGAGGGCAGCUUUCUUCACACGUUGGGCAUCAUGAGCAGUAAAUCAGGGUACGUCAGAGUAGAGUUGAGUCCGGUGGCAGCUGUCAGUGUGCAGCUCUUCUCAGGAGACACAGAGUUACAUGUGAGCGGGCCCAUACAGAUCAGCCUCAGUAUUCCUGACGGCCGUGAACUUCAGUCCUCAAAUGUCCCUGCAUGGUUCUUCAACCGGACCACUGGUGGAUGGAUGAGAAAAGGACUGGGAACGGUGGUGUCAGUAGAAGGAAAACACGUGUGGACAUUCACAGCUCCUCACCUUGGUUACUGGAUUGCAGCACCUUUGUCAUCCACCAGAGGUUUCUUUGGACUUGCCAUCCCCAUGGACUUCAUCUUGCACCAUUCAUCUCUCCUGAUGGUUAUCCUCGGAGGAAUGCUUGUUAUUGUCAUCUGUCUUCUGGUUAGGUUACGGUUUUAUCGCAGAAGUUCGACCAGUGAAACUAAAAUAAAGAAGAUCCCACCAGCGAUGAGAAAAGACCAAACCACCUCCACAAGUGAAGAUGAAGUCUUUGAAUUAUCUUCAGCAGGCUUCUCUCAUCCACAGGAUGGAGUGAACCAAUCAUUUGGAGAAAAGGGGGAUAAUCGCCACAAUGCCUCUGUUAUUUCUAUACACAAUGGCAAUGUAAUAGCUAAUCCCAAUGCUGUGGCCAUUACGGUGGAGGGUAACGAACUGGAGCUUAACACUGACCUGAAUGAUCUGAUGUGUUUGCAUGAAACUGCAGGUCAGAUCAGAGUACCAGCCUCUUUGACAGAUAAUUUGUUUUUCUACAACCAGCCUGUUGCCAUCCUUCACGCUCCAGCAUUCUUCCAUUUGGAGGAGCAGCCAGAGCAGCCCCAGUGGAGCAAGUCGGCCACUCUUCCCCGCACGGGGGCUGCUGCUGAGCCGCUGAGUAAAGACAGCUUCACCCAGACUCUGCCAAAAGAUCCCUCUGCCACCCAGAACCAGACAAUGGAAACUGAGGAGCAGCUCGGAGUUCUAGAGAGCUCUGAGGCAGCAACUUCUGCCAACACAUCCAGGAGUCACUUCAGCCUCCCAGAGUCAGUGUCAGUCCCUGGGACAUUAAAUAAGAUCAGGGGCAGCGGACACUCAACUCAGCCACCUCGGGCCUGGUUUGUAUCACUGGAGGGCAAACCUGCAGCUGAGAUCCAUUAUGCAGUGUCAGAGCAGCAGAGAAGGCGAAGGCCAGUUGAGAGUCGAGACACCAGCUUAGACUCCGGAGUGGAUAUGAGUGAACUGAACCAGACGUCUGGAAGAAGGGCUAUAACACUGGAGCGCAAUGCUACUUUUGUUAAAAACACAUCCGGCACUAAACAUGAACCUCCACAAUAAAAACUCUCAACCCCUCCAUGCCCACAGCCCUUUAACUUUGUGAAUAAACAGCAUAGGUUCUAUGACAUAUACUUAUUUGCUUUAUUGCUUCAUUGUUUUACAUAUUAAUAGAAGACACCAAUCCAAGUUAGGAGUAAAGGCCCAUUUCUACCAUCACAUUCCACACAGUUUGCGUAGCAGCUGUUGCGCAUGUACAAAGUGUAAGCAGUCCAAAGCAGAGCAUGUUGACUAAGUCAUUGCUUUUUAACAGCCUGUCUUAUCUCCUUCCUCAACAGUAAGUUUGAACCAUUAAUAUAUCAAACUAAGGGUGUCAAAAAUCAUCUCAUACUGAUAAGUUAAAUAGUUGCAGCAAUACGACUGAGAUUAAUGAGGUCAAACACUGCCAUGAUGACCAGACGAAAAUCUUUUUACCCUCAAGAUUAACAGACAGACUACGAUGGCUAACUGAACAUGACCGAAUUUUAACAAUAUCAUUUGAUUUGUAUUUGUGCAUAUUUGUUUGUGCAUGUUUUUGUGUAUAUUGUCAUGAAGUGAAUCAUUUCAUUAUAUUUUAAUAC